CCCGCCCGCCGGCCCGCCCGGGACGGUUCCAGCCCCUUGAGUCCGCUGGGCCCCGCCGCUGUCCUCCGCCGGCCCGCGUGGGAGGACGAUGGGUCAGCGCGGAAAAAGUGAAUGAGGGCGGCGGCGGCGGCAGCGAACGCCUGACUCGGCCGGGCCCGAGCGCCGCCCGCGUCCCCCGGCCGCCGACUCCAUGGACGCGCCCCGCGCCUUGGUGGCCAAGCCCCCCACCGGGAGGAAGAUGAAGCCUCGUGCUCCCCCUCCUCCUGGAAAGCCUGCCACCGUGAACAUGCACAGUGAACAGAACCCUCCCCAAGAUGCGUCCCCUGGCCCUCAGCAGAACCUGCUCAAAAUGAAGGAGAACCUGCAGAAUAGUGUGGUGGCCAUCACCGUGGUUCUGCCCAGUGGGCUGGAGAAGAGGAGCGUGGUCAAUGGGAGCCGUGCAAUGAUGGACCUACUGGUUGAACUCUGCCUUCAGAACCACCUGAAUCCAUCACACCAUGCCCUUGAGAUCCGGUCUUUGGAAACCCAACAACCUUUGAGUUUUAAGCCAAAUACAUUAGUUGGGACCCUGAAUGUGCAUACUGUGUUCCUGAAAGAAAAAGUUCGUGAAGAGAAGGUUAAGCCCGGCCCGCCUAAGGCACCUGAGAAAUCUGUUCGUCUGGUCGUGAAUUACCUGCGAACACAAAAGGCUGUUGUGCGUGUGAGCCCCGAGGUGCCACUCCGGAACAUUCUCCCGGUCAUCUGUGCAAAGUGUGAAGUCAGCCCAGAGCACGUGGUACUGCUGAGGGACAGCGCUGCUGGGGAGGAGCUGGAGCUCUCCAAGUCCCUAAACGAGCUGGGGAUAAAGGAGCUCUAUGCGUGGGACAAUAAAAGAGAAACCUUUAGAAAAUCAUCACUUGGCAAUGAGGAGACAGAUAAAGAGAAGAAAAAAUUUCUGGGAUUUUUCAGAGCUAAUAAAAGAAGCAAUAGUAAGGGCUGUGUAACCACACCAAACUCCCCGGCUGUGAAUCCCCGUUCUGCUCCCUUGGGCCCAUCCCUCUCACUCAGCAACAUCUCAGGGGUGUCUGUGAAGUCGGACAUGAAGAAGCGCCGAGCGCCUCCACCUCCUCCCCUGCCCGGAACUGGAACGGGGCCGCCUGCGCAAGACAAGCCAUCUGAAAAGGUAUCCCUGGGCUCACAGAUAGAUCUGCAGAAAAAGAAGAGGCGGGCACCAGCACCCCCACCGCUGCAGCCACCGCCCCCCAGCCCCGUGGUGCCUGCACGCAUAGACGACAAGGAGGAGCACAGGAAGAGCGGGGCGGGUGUCGGACGGCAGGUGCCACAAAAGCCCCCCAGAGGCUCUGCUCGGGGGCCCCCCCAGUUAGUGCUCCCCCCGCCCCCGCCCUACCCUCCUCCCGACAUGGACGUGGCAGAGCCCCUCAGCUUUCCCGGGCAGAACGCUGGUCCCGAGGCCUCCGACCUGACACCCACACUGAGCCUGCUCCUGGGGCCUGGCAGUCCCUGUAGCGAGGAUGGGGUCCCACCCGCGCUGACUGAGGCCGAGGAGACUGUGUCUGUGGGCAGCUGUUUCGCAUCGGAGGACACCACUGAGGACUCCGGAGUGAUGAGCUCCCCCUCAGACAUCAUCUCUCUGGACUCCCAGCAUGACAGCAUGAAAUCCAAAGAUAAGUGGGCCACAGACCAGGAGGACUGCAGUGACCAGGACCUAGCUGGGACCCCGGAGCUGGGCCCCCAGAAGAGCCCCUCCUGGGAGAGGAGCAGCUCCGGAACCUGGCAUCCGAGGAGUGAAAAAGCUGCUAUAUCCUCAAAUGGUGAAGAUCUAUUUAUUACUGGACAGUUCCAGAAAACGCUUUCAGAACUUAAUGAAGAUCUGGAAGGUGAGAGCCCCCCUCCCUACCCUGGCAAAAGGUCUGCUGGCAUGUCCAGCGGCUGCACAAGGGACACCGUGGUCCCCCACAGUGAUGUGGACACAAUCCCAGUGACGUUCAUAGGGGAAGUUUUAGAUGAUCCUGUGGAUUUGGUAUUGUUUUCCAAUAGGAACAACAAUGCUGGUUCUUUUGACAUGGGGAACAUAGCCAGCAGGAGAGUUGACCUGCCACCAGAUCAUGCCGAGCAUAGCCAGGAACACAGCAAGAAGAGGACAGGACUGCCCACCUCAGCCGCCGUUUCCCAUGGUGUUGGGAAACAACUCAAGUUCUCUGUGUCCCAGACCUGUAAAGAUGUGAAUCUGAACCAAGGGGAGCCCAAGAUGACCUCUGCUCCAAAGCUUCAUACACAUGACCUCAGUGCAAAGGAGAAAGGCAGGGAGCCCACCUCCACCCUCAGGGGGAAGACACAGGCUGUCAGGACCUCAACUCCACCCCCAGUGGAGGAAAAGGAAGGAGGUGGAGGUAAGAACGGAGUCUCAGCACCACCGUCAUGGUAUCAGCGAGCCCAGAACUUAGGGGGGAGCUACGGCCUUAAGUACGGCCUCACGACAUAUAAAAUUGUCCCUCCGAAGUCAGAGAUGCGGUGUUAUGACAGAGGGGUUUCCCUCUCAGUUGGCGCCAUCAAGAUUGAUGAGCUCGGGAACCUGGUGUGUCCCCGCACACAUGCAGGCAGGACCACAGCCUUGCCCUCGUCCACUCUUGAAGCAGAAAUGCAACCCAUCGGAAAAGUCAAAGAUUUCUGGAGGUCAAACUCAAUGGGAAAGCAGUGUGGCCGGCCCAUGGAGUGCUCGGCUAAGAGGUCCCCCACCCCUGCCGCACCAGUGGAGCUCCAGCAUCCAGAAAGCAGGCCCAAAGCAGAGCCUGCCUUCCCAGACCCCAGGGUGGCACUGCCCCAGCAGCUGGCCACCUACCACGGAGAUGGGAGCCAUGCGCAGGAGGGGAGAAGCCGGCCUCCCACGGCAACCCCGGGGCAGCUGAGGGGGCCAGCAGCUACCACGGAAGUCCCAUUCCUUAAGCCUCAGAGAAGAACCUCCAGUCAGUAUGUGGCCUCUGCCAUUGCCAAGCGGAUUGGGACCCCUAGGGCCCACCCGGAUGUAGUGAGGAAGCAGGACGACGUCCAGGAGCCCCACGAAGGCAGAGGGCCAGAGCCAGCUGGACGGCCUCCCACUGCAAAGGACGCAGACACUCCCAGCCGGUGCUCAGAGUCACACGAUCGUGAGGACAGCGGGGAGUCUGCAGUAGGAGCCCAUCCCAGACAGCAAGUCAGCAGCCCUCAUGGAGAGCUGUGUACCCAACACUGUUCUGCUGGCAUCCACAGGGGCUCCUCUGUCCCACUGGUCCCAGCUUCCCAGAGGGACCAUGUCUCUGUGGGACGGAGCUGUGAUUCCAGUGGGCAACAAAGUACCAGCAGCCACAGGACCAGAUCAGCCUCUGACCCCAAAAGCACGCUGGACAGUACCAACCCCCUACGUCCUCACUCAGAUGAUCAGACUCACGUCAGGGCCCUAGUGAACGACUCCAGGUGGGUCCCCACCCACGGCGAGCCUCCUCCCUCUUCAAGGGCAGCUGGCACAUGUAGCCAUGCUGGAUGGGAACCUUCAGAACUGGAGAAACCCAGUUUGUCAUGCACAGAGGUACACACGUCCAAUGGUGUGUUGCCACCCAGCAUCUUUGGGCCAAAGAAAAAAUUCCGACCUGUUGUCCAGAGGCCAGCGCCAAGAGACACGUGCCUGCACAGUGCCCUGAUGGAAGCCAUCCACUCAGCGGGCGGGAGGGACAGGCUUCGCAAGGUGAGCACAGCAGGUACCCACCUUCAGGAACACACCUUCCCACCUGCACGCUUCAGUGCCCUGGACACAGAUCUCAGAUGGGGGCCAGCAGCUACCACGGAAGUCCCAUUCCUUAAGCCUCAGAGAAGAACCUCCAGUCAGUAUGUGGCCUCUGCCAUUGCCAAGCGGAUUGGGACCCCUAGGGCCCACCCGGAUGUAGUGAGGAAGCAGGACGACGUCCAGGAGCCCCACAAAGGCAGAGGGCCAGAGCCAGCUGGACGGCCUCCCACUGCAAAGGACGCAGCCACUCCCAGCCGGUGCUCAGAGUCACACGAUCGUGAGGACAGCGGGGAGUCUGCAGUAGGAGCCCAUCCCAGACAGCAAGUCAGCAGCCCUCAUGGAGAGCUGUGUACCCAACACUGUUCUGCUGGCAUCCACAGGGGCUCCUCUGUCCCACUGGUCCCAGCUUCCCAGAGGGACCAUGUCUCUGUGGGACGGAGCUGUGAUUCCAGUGGGCAACAAAGUACCAGCAGCCACAGGACCAGAUCAGCCUCUGACCCCAAAAGCACGCUGGACAGUACCAACCCCCUACGUCCUCACUCAGAUGAUCAGACUCACGUCAGGGCCCUAGUGAACGACUCCAGGUGGGUCCCCACCCACGGCGAGCCUCCUCCCUCUUCAAGGGCAGCUGGCACAUGUAGCCAUGCUGGAUGGGAACCUUCAGAACUGGAGAAACCCAGUUUGUCAUGCACAGAGGUACACACGUCCAAUGGUGUGUUGCCACCCAGCAUCUUUGGGCCAAAGAAAAAAUUCCGACCUGUUGUCCAGAGGCCAGCGCCAAGAGACACGUGCCUGCACAGUGCCCUGAUGGAAGCCAUCCACUCAGCGGGCGGGAGGGACAGGCUUCGCAAGACCACAGAGCACACCGCGGAGGGAGGGCCAAAGAAACCAUCCUACGUGGAGGCAGAGAGUGAGCGCUCAGCCCUGCUGGCGGCCAUCCGCAGGCACAGUGGUGCCUGCAGCCUGCGGAAGGUGUCCUCCUCCGCCUCCAAGGAGCUCCAGAGCGCCCGGGACACCGCGCUGUCUGCACCCAGAUCCAAGCCCGCGGGGCCGGGAGACCUUCCUGCUCAGCCCUCAGCCAGCCUGCCGGCCCCGCCCCCUCCGGCCCCCCGGGCCCCCUCCGCAGCCAGGACGGCGUCCAGGGCCAGCUCCGGGCCCGUCAGCAACCCGGCCGAAGCCAGGCAGGCCUUGAUGGACGCCAUCCGCUCGGGCACAGGGGCUGCGAGGCUUAGAAAGGUGUGUGUGAGCAUCCCUGGGAGAGAGAGAUACCAGCAAGGGCCAGGGCAGCCGGACAGCAGCGGGCUGGCAGCCCUUUGACCCCUACCCCACCACCAGAGGAAAAGGGGCCCUCACGGGGUGGGGGGCCAUCCCCCACAAACUCCUGGGGACACGGGAUGCCUCCCCCAUGGUUCCAAUCUCAAAUUACAUCUCCACACCCACUCUGAAUCUGGUCCAAGGACAGACUUCACAGCCAUCUGUGGUGUCCUGAAGAGGGGCCAUUCCUCUUAGGACAUUUUCUUGACUCUUCUUCCUUUUGUUAUAUUUGUUUUUUGUGUAUCUUGGGACAAUUUCUUGUCUCUUCUUUCUUCCUUUUAUUAUAUUUGUUUUUUGUGUAUCUUGGGACGAUUUCUUUUCUUUCUUCCUUUUAUUAUAUUUGUUUUUCUGUCUAGCCUAAUGUUUGUAAGUUACUGAGUUUGAAGUCUCUUGGGUAGAGCCCAUGCUUUCUGGCCUUGCAGCCUACUGUGAGCUAUACGAGUCUGCAUAUAUACAGCCCACCUGGCUCCUGGAAACAGUGGGUCUUGGCCCCCACAGCAGGAUUCCCAAAUUAAAAGAACUCAGACCAGAUGGCUUCUGAGGUCUGGUCCAGUCCCCAGAUGGUCCUCAAAUGACAGAUCCUCUAUCCCUGCCCUUUUCUAGUGGGUUUGGGGAGAUAGGCUACUAACAAGGAGGCUAGUGACAGCUACGAUUUUCUGAGAAAUUAUUUCCAAUUCCUAAGCUUACAGUUUUCAUGUGAACCUGGUGAAGGUAGUGCUAAGAUUAUCCUCAUUUCAUGUAUAAGAUGGGUAAGGCUCCAAACACCCAAAUACCUUGGCCCUGGUCACGCACAGCUGCACUCAGACAGCUGUCAGCUUGUGCACAGAAAGCCCUUCUGAGCAAGUAGCCCGGGCUGUGUGCUCUGUAGGACAGCAGGUAGCCCACGAGACAGGGUGGCAGCCUUCACCUAGGGCUGCUGGCACUGCUGAAAGGCAGGUUGCUGCAGUCCCCCACCUCAAGCCAGUGGCAGCUCCCUGAAAGAAGCGUGGCCGUGAAAGGCGGUCCUUGCAAAGCCCAGAGAGGUGUGCCCCUGUGCAGGAAGGGCUGGACACCCACUGACCAGGAGCUCCCCAGGAGCUGCUGUCAUGCCUCUUACCUGUGUGAGUGAAGGGCAGGGAGCUGUGUGUGUGUGGCCCUCGGUAGGGAUCUGAGACAUCACAUAGUGAGGGUGCUGGCCAGUCAUCUCUGAAAGCACAGCCCCACCCAGGAUAUGGGGAAAAUAAAAUUUCUUAACUGCACAGCAAAAGAAGGCAGCAAGUUUCACACACUCUCCUUAGAAGGUGAGCAGUUACAAUUAGUGAGGGCUUUGUGGUUUUUCUUUAUGCUUUCUUUCCUUUCUGGGGAAUUUAUGUCUUGAUGAACUUAUGUACUUACAUGAUGUAAGGUGAGGAAAGGUGAAGAAGUUGGGGUGAAUGGCUAAAAGAUAGUCCUAAAAAUCAGACCACAUGAGUCCUCAUAAAGAUAGCUCUAUCUGUGUGUUCACCCUGAGCCAGCCUCUCUCCUCCAAGCACGUCAUAAUACCAAAUGACAGGCAGAUGGUUCAAAAGUGCCCUCCAAGGAGUCCAAGCAGUGCAGUUGGUUAUCAGCCCUGAUGGUUUGACUGAUCCUGAGGCAUGACUGUAGUUUCUGCAACACUGUUUCUCCAAGUGAAAUCCAUAGGUUCAAAGGGGUCUGAGCCCACGAAUCUGCAGUGUACUUUACCAAGUAACUUCACAUUUAGGUUUGAGAUAUUUAUCUAUGUCCUCUGAGGAUUUAAUAUACUUUAACACUGGAUGCAGUCAUAGAGGAGCCGUGGCCACACGCACAUGUGUUUCUUAAAUACGCCGUCUCAUUGACUGUUUUUGGAUCUUGUCAAACAGGUGCUCCUCUCUCCCACUUGGAGGAGUCAUGAGGAGCUUGGGCCCAGAGAGGCAGAAAGCUUGCCCAAGGCUACACAGCUUGGCACAGGGCCAUGCAAACCUGAACCUCAGGCUCUCUCUCUCUCUCUCUGACAGCACACUCCAUGCCUUCUAGAAAGAAAGAAAGAAAGAAAGAAAAAAACAAAACAAGUUUGGGAAUUGUCUGAACAGAGAAGGUUGCAUGUGUGCCAUGGGGAAGGAGUGGGAGAGAUUCUGGGCAGUGGAGACAGGCGGGCCCAGCGUUGGGUGACGGUGCAGAAGGACUUGUGUGUCCAGACACUAGGCAGGCCACGAGGCCUGCACGUGCCUGCUGGACAGGUUCUCGGGUGGUAGGUUCCGGCUGGUGCUUCUCACAACGUCAGCUUGCUUUUGGCUGCUUCCACCAGCAUGUGCAAGCCCUGGUUGUGAUUGUUUCUUGGGUUGAGUCUAAGUGUUGGAACCUGCCGUCUCCACCCUGAAAAAUCUAGGUAGUAAAUAUUUACACAGCAUGUCUGAGGUUUUGAAGGCAAACAGUUUAUAGAUAUCCUAGGCUGAAAACCACCAGGAUAAAUGUGACUGGGGAGCCUGUGUCCCUUUGUUCGUUAUCAGUUCCUCACGCAGAUGUACUACAUUUUGUAUGGACGCCUCCAGGCCACACUCAGAGCCCUGUGUUGCUGCUCCACCCGGUAACCCCAUCUCCCACCCUUACCCUCUGCAUCUCAGAGUUACAUAAAAGCAGCUAAAGGAGAUGUGACUUAGCAGGCCAGGGACUAGAUGGGCACCAGCCCAGCAGCCUCUGUUCAGCCGUCAUCAGGGACACACAGAUGCAGCUGGACCAAGCUGGCCUGACCUGGAACAAGUGUUCUCUUGGAGGCAUGUAGCUGACCUCACUCAUUAGUGUCUUCUCCUUAUUCAUGUCCAGCAGUGCCCCUGUGACACCAGGGGGAAUGUGCAGUUUCCACAAGAGGGGCCUGGUUAGAUGGCACUCUCUGCUCAGCAUGGACGGUGGACAUUUCUGUUGGCUUUGCAGCAAAUGCACUUUGCUGUGUGUUACUGUGCUUGACUCAAAUCAUUGGAGUUUUGCCUCUUGUUACCUCUGUAGCUUCCUUUCACCUUGUGGUUUAUAUCACAUUGUGGCUGACUAUAUCCUCAGGCUCUCUUUAACUGAACUAAGCCAGAUGUUUUUAUGCUGUCCUUCAAUUUACUUUUCUACACCAGAUUUAGGAGAGUUACCCUUUCCCUUCUAAAUAUUUUCUUAAUUUGCUGAGAACUUUUCAAAUCUGGAUUUAACCAUUAGGUUGGGGUUAGUGGUGAUUAACAGGCCCUCCAGGUCUUCAACCCAGACACUGAUCCAGUACUCACCUGCCUGGGGCUCCUGUGCUGCCAGGUUCUGGGGCUGUCCUGGAGCAGGGAGACCACCCCUCAUGGGCCCACACUUCCACUCAUCCCUCUGUGCCCUAAGAGACUUACUGUAGCAACUCAAAACAGCCUUCUGAUAGUGCCUUCUUCCAGCGUGCCAGCUUUUAGGUGGCCCACCCCAGUCUUCACUCAGUUGUCAUCUCAACAUGGCCUCUAGGAAGCUCAGUGAAAUGAAAUGGCAGUGGUGAUGGGGAUGGUGCAGUGGGGUACACUGCAUGUCCCACUGUGCCAGGCUGCUGUAUGGAUGCUUUUUUAGUCACCCUUCCCAGAAGGCAGUACCAGAUACAUUAUGCCCAGGCACCAGGAAGGAAGGGGCGGUGUGAGUGAGGCACCCCCCAGGCCCACCCAGCCCAGAGGCAGGCAGACUCCAGUGUGUGUGCUCUGAAUUCUAUACACACUCUUGUUUUUCCUUUCCCAAGAGUGCUUAUAAAUGAUGUCUUUAUUACUGCCAUUUUUUCUCAGUUUUAUUGAGAUAUAAUGUUGGCAUACAUCACUAUGUAAGUUUAAGGUAUACAGUGUAAUGGUUUAACUUAAAAACAUUUUGAAAUGAUUACCACAAUAAGUUUAGUUAGCAUCUAUCAUCUCUAAUAGAUAUAGAAAAAGAAAAGGAAAAGACAGUUUAUCUAACCGAUAAGAACUCUUAAAAUCUAUCCUCCAAACAACUUUCCUGUAUGUCAUACACAGUGUUAACUAUGUCAUCAUCAUAUAUAGUCAUCACAUUGUACUUACAUCCCUAGUAUGUAUCUUAUAACUAGAAAUUUGUAUCUUUUGACCACCUUCUUCCAGUUUCCCUUCCCUCUACUGCCCCCCCCGCCCCCACCUCUGAUAGCGACAAACCUGAUCUCUUUUCCUGUUCAUUUAUUUUUUUAUUCUACCCAUAACUGAGAUCACACAGUAUUUAUCUUUCUCUCACUUACUUCACUCAGUAUAAUGCCCUCAGGGUCCAUCCAUGUUGUUCUGAAUGGCAGGGCUUCUGUCUCUUUUUCUGUGACUGAGUAAUAUUUCAUUGUGUAUAUGUAAUACAUCUUCUUUAUCCAUUCACCUAUUGAUAGACUCUUGAUUGUCCCAGGUCUUGACUAUUGUAAGUAAUGUUGCAAUGAACAUUGACUUGCAGAUAUAUUUUUGAGUUGAUAUGUUUGUUUUCUUCAGAUAAAUACCCAGAAGUUGAAUUGCUGGAACAUAUGGUAGCUGUAUUUUUAAUUCUUUGAGGAAACUUCAUAAGCCUUCUUACUUUAAAUCCAAGUAGAAUCUGUGGUUCCUUUCAUAGGAAUUUCAAGGCCAAAUGAAAUGUUUCCUAGGAAGCCCAUCUAGAUUUCAUAGCUCUCUUCCCUGAGUUUUGAUAAAUCCAGCUUAAUAUCAAAAUGCAUUUUUCUUGUUGAUGUUUUUUAAAGGAUUUCUUCUAUCAUUUUGUCACAAACAGUUUCAAAGAUUUUGAAAAGUUGAAGUAAUUGUGCGAUAAACCCCCUAUACCCAUCAUGGACAGUUGAUGAUAACAUGUAACAUUUUGGCUAUAUCCGCCCAUCUACCCCUCUACCCACCACAUGAAAUUUUGUUUUCUGUACAUUUAAAGUAUAUUACAAACAUCAGGAUACCUUACAUCUAAAUAAUUUAGUAUACUCUAUUAUUAAAGUUUCAUAUAUUUUAGAGUUUUUGAGAGUGUAGGUGAAAAGCACACAUCUUCAGGGCACCAUUUGAUGAGUUCAAAACCUGUUUUACAGUCCUCACCCCCACUGAGUUUGACUCUGGUUUUAGAUAAUUAUUAGGAGGAGAAUAAAACUGAAAUAGUUAUAUAAAAUUUCCAGUUCUCAGGAUAUGUGUGCAUAUGUAUACGUGUUUAUAGUGUGUGUUUGUAUGUCUAUAUACAGCACAUAUAUAUAGGCACACACACAUACACACACAUAUUUUGGGGUGACGUACAGCUACUUGCAUUAUCCGGCUCGGAGGAGCUGCACGGACACAGCUGUGGCAGGAUGGUUGGAGAGGGCAGGGUCUGGGUAGAGGAGGCAGGAAGGAGGACUCUGCAUGGCCCAGAGCAGUGGGUAGUUAAAACAAUCAGUGCAAGGAGGAGGAGUAAGAUAGUGCUAUUAAAAUAUGUUCAGUUCACUUGUUAGAGUCACUGGGAAUUCUAGCCAAAAUGAAGUUUCAGAGACUGGAUUUACCAUCCCACUUGAAAUAACCAAAUAUGCAAAUAAAAUACAAGAAACCGUGGUUUUCAGCUCACUGGGUAACAGGCAACAAGGAGGAGAGACAGGAAACAAAUGAAGUAAAAACCCUGUGGUUUCCCCCCACCUUUCUGUCUUGGAAGUUUCCAGGCCCUGGUGUAGGCUAAGCCCAGGAGAGUCCAGCAGACCCCCCAGGUUGAGGAGCAGAGCUGAGAGUACAAGGGAGACCAAGGCAGCUAAAGUUUGCAGGGCAGAGUCCUGCAAAGGAGAUUGCAUCAUGGAGCGAGAAUCCCAGGGUCCUGCAGAGCAUCCCCUGUCAUAUUCAGCUGGGUACUGAUCAGCAUGAGCUGGGAACAAAACCAUCUGAAAGGAUUAGAUGAAGCAGUGCAAGGAGCUCACAAGGUCCAGGAGGGGCCCUGUUUGCCUAGCCAGGCCAGAAACCUCUAAUUCUUUGGCCUCAGGUACAAUACUCAGAAGUGUCUUACCUCAGUCAUGGGCAAUAGUUAACUUUAACAUGGCUCUCAUGCUGCAUAACAAAUCUUAAAAGCAACACCUAAAAGGGUCAAAGUGUUUCCACAUAACUGUAUCCCAGAACAAAGCUCAAGAAUAUUUCUGGGAAUGCUAACAUAUCCAGCACCAUGUCUGGCUUCCAAUCGAAGAUUGCCAGGCAAGCAAAUAAGCAGAGAAAUAUGAAACACUAUAAGCUGAAAAUAAGUCAAUGAAAACCUCCCUAAACUGGACACAUGUUAGACUUGGCAGACGAGGAUAUUAAAGCAGUUAAUAUAACUGAAUUUAAAGAAUCCAAAUAGUACUGAGUACGUUCUGUGACUACAACAGGGUUAAAUUAGAAAUUAGCAACAAAAUGAUCCUGGAAAAUCCCAAAUAUUGAAGACUAAAUAAUACAUUUCUUGAUCACUCAUGGCUCAAAGAAAAAAGUAAAAGGGGAUUAGAAAGUAUUUUAAUCCAAAUGUAAAUUGAGACAACAUAAAAUGUGUGUGAUGAUACAAAAGGGAAGUAUAUUGUUACGUUAGAAAAGAAAAAAGGUCUCAAAUGAGUGACCUUGCUUCCUUCCACCUUAAGAAACUAGGAAAAGAAAAGCAAAAACUAAACCUAACAUGAGCAGAAGAAAAUAAAUGAUAAAGGUCAGAGCAGAAAUCAAUGAAAUAAAAAAGAAAAAGUAAUAAAGAAAAAUCAGUUAAACUAACAGCUUGUUCUUUGGCAAGAUCAACGAAGUCAGUAAACUCUGGCCAGGCUUAUCAGGAAAAAAAGACAAUUUGCCAAUAUCGGGAAGGAGAGUGAUAACAUCACUCUAGACUCUGCCAACAUUGAAAGGAUAAUAAGGUAAUAUUAUGAACAACUGUGCUAAAUAGACAAAUUCUUUGAAAGACACAAACCGUCAAAGAUCCCUCAAGAAGAAAUUGUUAUCUCUUACAGCCCCCAUAUCUAUUAAGGAAAUUCUAUUUGAAGUAAAAUCCUCCCCCAACCCAUACACACAUAUAAAAUCCAAAACUUCCACCAGGCCCAAAUGACUCCACUGCUGAGUUCUACCAAUCUGGAAAUUUCAUUCAGAAUUUUCUGAGGAGAGAUGCCUUCCCAACCUCUAUUCUACAGGGAUAAUAUUAUACUAAUGCCAAAACCAGACAAAGGUAUUACAAGGGAGGAAAACUAUAGAGCAUUAUUUUUCAUGACCAUAGAUGCAAAAAUAGCUAAGUAGAAAUUUAGUAAAUUCAGCAAUAUAUAAAAAUAAUGCAUCAUGACCGACUGGGAUUUAUACCAGCAAUGCAAGGUUGGACUAAUAUGUGAGAAACAAUUAACUCCCCAUAUUAACUAAAGAACAAAAAACAACAUACUAUGAAUAGACACACUAGAAGAAUUUGACAAUUCAACAUCUAUUUCUGAUAAUGAACUUAUGUUCCCCAAACUGAACUACAAGUUCAACGUGAUCCCAAUCAAUAUUCAUAUAGGCUUUUUGUAGAAAUUGCCAAACUCUAAAGUUCAUACAGAAAUACAAAGACCUAGAAUAGCCAAACUACUUUGAGAAAGAAGAACCAGGUUGAUGGAUUAUCACUUCCUCAUUUUAGCACUUAGAAUAAUGCCACCCUAAUUAAUAUGGCAUGGUAUUGGCAUCAAAAUAGAUCAAUGGAACAGAAUAGGCAGCUUGGAAAUAGACCCACAUAUAUGGACAACUGAUAUUUUUCAAAAGUACACAGCCAAUUCAGUGGAGAAAGGACAGUGUUUUCAACAAAUGAUGUCAUAACCAUUGGGUAGUCUUAGGGAGAGUAAUUAACUUUGAUCCAUACCUCACACCAUGUAACUGAAAAUGAGUUCUAUAUCUAAAUAAGAAAGUCUGAAAUUUCAAGAAGAAAACGUGCAAGAAAAUCUUGAUGCUGGCUAAGGCAAAAACAUCUCAGAUUUGAAACCAAAAGCACAACCCAUAAUAAGACAAAUUGGGAAAUUGAAUUUUAUCAAGAUUGAAACUUUCUGCUCUUUGAAAAGACAUACCAUCCAGAGAAGGAAACUAUAAUAAGCCUUGUGCUAGAACUACAUGUUGGCCAACCAUAUAUCUAAUAAAGGACAUGUAUUCAUAAUUCAGAAAACGCUCAGUCAUAAGAAAGCAGCUCAUUAAAUGAGCAAGAGAUUUGAAUAGGCAUUAAAGAAGAUACACAGGUGCAAAUAAGCACAUAGAAGAGUUCUCCACAUUUUUUGGUCAUUAUGAGAAAGAAAAAACCUCAAGAUACUACAUACCGACUAAAAUGGCUACAGGUUUAUCUAAAAGUGUUGACAAGAUGUGGAAAACUGGAAUUCUCAGAAACUUGGUGAGAAUGUAAAUAGUACAACUGCCUUGAAAUACAGUUUGGCAGAUUCUUUAAAAAUUAAACCUGUGGCUACCAUAUGGUCCAGCUAUUCUACCCUUAGGUGUUUAUCCAAGAGAAAUGAAAGCACAUAUAAUAAAAAGACUUGUCUUUA